UUGCUUGGUGGUAGGCAUAGAGGUGCAAAGCUCAUUUCCUCUAAGAAAAAAAAAAAACAUGAGUGAAUUGGAAGCCGCUUUGGCUAUGUAUGCCUUUAUUGGCCUAUGUACCCUGGUUUACGGUUGGAUGAAAUCUCGCAUGUUGUAUUGGCGUCGUCGCGGCAUACCAUAUGAAGACCCUGACUUUCUGGUGGGUAAUACAAAAGGCAUAGGAACUCAUAAACAUAUGCGUCAGACUUUGCGUGAGUUCUAUCGGAAAUUUAAAGCAAGUGGACCAUUUGGAGGUUUCUUUUUUAUGCUACAACCAGUGGCUAUUGUUUUGGAUAUGGAUUUGGUGGAGAAUAUUUUAAUAAAAGAUUGUCAUGCCUUCGACAACAACAACUCCACUGCUAACACUUUAAUGGGAAUUGGAUGUUCAUUGAAGGAAAAAAAGUUACGAAACAAAUUCUCGCUUGUCUUAAACUCGAAUACAAUCAAACAAAUAUUACCCUCUGCCGUAAAGGUGGCCCAUGAAUGCGCUAACGUUCUACAAGAAAUUCUGCCAGACUCUUAUCAAGUGGAUGUCAAUGAUUUGGUGUCUCGCUAUACCACCGAUGUCAUGGGUUCCUGUGUUUUUGAACUGGAAUGCAAUAGCCUUGAAGAUCCCCACACUGAGUUUCUAGCAGCACAUAAAGACAUUUUCAAGCAGUUUCAACAUUCCACAGCAACGCAUAUCUUCAGGCAAUUCUUUCCCCGAUUGGCCCAAAGUCUAUGCCGGGCCAGUAUGCCGAAAUCGUUGUACGACUUUUAUUUUGGAAUAGUACAAGAAACUGUGGAAUAUCGGGAGAUUAAACAAAUUAAGCGCCAUGAUUUCAUGGACAUUCUGAUUGAGUUAAAAAAUUCCAAGGAUCCCAAUGAGCGUUUAAAUAUGAAGGAGAUUACCGAGAUUGUACUCACCUUCUUUGUGGCUGGAUUUGAGGCUUCAUCGACCACCCUCUGUUUUGCUUUGUACGAAUUGGCUGGAAAUCAAAAGGUUCAGAAUAAGUUAAGGCAAGAGAUAGGGGAAAUUCUUAAAAAACACAAUGAUGAUAUAACAUAUGAGUGUAUGCAGGAGAUGCCCUACAUAGAGCAGGUUAUAUCAGAAACCCUACGCAAACAUGCAGUGCUUCCUUAUUUAGAGCGUCGAGCCCUUGUAGACUAUCCCACCAAUACUGCUGGCUAUGACAUAGCCAAAAACACCACUAUCUUCAUUCCCUUGGAUGCAAUACAUCAUGAUCCGAAAAUAUAUCCAGAACCUGAAAAAUUUCUACCCGAACGUUUCGAACCUAAGAAGCUAUCGAAACGGCAUUCAAUGGCUUAUUUGCCAUUUGGAGUUGGCCCCAGUCAUUGUAUUGCCAUGAGUCUGGCCAAGAUGCAAGUUGGCCUCGCUUUGAUAACCCUUUUGCGGGACUAUCGCUUUUCCCAGUGCUCCAAAACUAAAAUUCCUCUAGAUAUUGACUUGAGUUUGUCUAUUAUUAAACCCAUUGGUGAGGUUUUUCUAAAGGUGGAAAAGUUAUAACCGCAAUUUGUUUAUCUAAAAUGUUUACCAAUAUCAUUAUCAUUGUCAGAUAUUGGCUAUGACACACGUGAAUGUUGUCAUGUGAGAGGGGAAAUAUACGUUUCAUUGGCCUAAAAA